AUGGAUACCUUGACCGAGGUUUUAUCCCGGUUGACCCUACCAUCUAACAAUGACCAAUGCACUUUUCAACUUUCAAGCUCAAAUGUGAUUCCCUCUCAAACAUUUCCCAACCCCAAAUGUAGCCUCAAUGCUAUCACUUUGAGGUCUGGCACUACACUAGAAGAGAGGAGUCCCAAGAAUUCAAGUGAGAAGGAGGCCACUCAUGAAGAAGAUAUUGUUGAACUAGAGAAAGUAGAAGAAGAAGAAGCAAAAAAGGUUGUUGAUGAAGAGAAAGAUCAAGCAAGGGCUAGAGACUCCAAGAAAAAAGAUGUUUUGCAAGACCCUAUCCCAAUUCCAUUUUCAACCUUGACAAAGAAGACUAAAAAGCAUAUGGAGUUGGAUCCUAAAAUGGUGGACAUCUUCAAGAAAGUUGAGGUAACGAUUCCUCUUUUUGAUGCAAUCCAUCAAGUUCUUAAAUAUGCAAAAUUUUUAAAGGAUUUAUGCAUUAACAAAGAAAAGAUCAAUGAUUUGGAGACCAUUCCUUUCGGGAGUUCUAUUUCUGCUUUAAUGGGGGCUAUUCCUGAAAAAUGUGGGGAUCCUGGACCUUGUUUAUUCUCUUGUACUAUUAGGGGUAACCAAUUUAUUGAUUGUAAGUGUGACCUUGGAGCAUGCGUUAGUAUUAUGCCACUUUCAGUAUAUGAUGAAUUGAAUCUUCUGCCGUUGAAGCAGUCGGCGGCACAUUUUGUGCUAGCUGAUAAGAGCAUAAUUUUUGUUGUUAGUAUUGUUGACGAUGAUUUAGUGACCAUCAAAGGAUUGAUUUUCCUGGUUGACUUCUAUGUCCUUGAGAUGCCUCCAAAUGAUUCUAGGAGACCUUCAUCCAUCUUGUUAGGAAGGCCAUUCUUAGAAAUCUCCCGGCUUAAACUUGAUGCCUUUUUGGGUACUUAUUCAUUUGAGAUUGACGGAAGGGCCGUGAGAUUUAACUUAGAUGAAGCCAUGAAGCAUUCAUCGGAGGACCAUUCUAUCUUCCAGUGUGACAUUAUUGAUGAAGUUAUGGCCGAGGUUCAUAAUGAGGCCUUUGAUGAGAUGAAUUUGGGUAAAGGUACAAGUGUGAGGGAACCCAAUGACUAUAAUGAAGACACUUUACCACCUCCAAUGUUGUCGGAUAAUGAUGUGCCAAGUCAUGAGUUGAAUGAGAUGUUGAAACAUCUACCUGUCCAUCUAAAAUAUGCCUCUCUUGAUGAUAGUCAAAAGCACCCAGUGAUAAUUGCAAGGUGCUCAACUCCCAACAAGAAGAGAGAUUGCUUAAAGUGUUGA